AUGGAAUGCCGCGGUCGACUGACACACGAGCGCCUCUGCAACAGCUUCGAGAGACUUCAUGGCGCGAUCGAUGCCCAGUUUCCAGAUCGCAAGGAUCGUAACCGCGCCCUGGAUCUUCGGCGAGUCAUCGAAGAUGCGCUCACAUCUGCUCGUGCUGCCAUGAGCAGCGCUAAGCUUGUGUCUCCCAUUCAGCUGAAGCGCGACGUUGAGGCGCGGAUUGUGGAGGUUCAUGAGCGAUACAACGAGACUGAUGAGCGAGAGGGGCAUGUCACAGGUCCUGCAAUGAAUGGUGUCAAGAGUGAAGAUAUGCAUCCAUCCGCACUCGAAAGCUUCUUUGCGUCGCAAAACCACACUACACAGGAGCCUGCCGCACCCAGUCGUUCCUUACUUAGCCCAGAUAGCGGCAAAGAGAACACAACUCCCCCAACAGCAGUGACACAACAGCUUCUCAGCAAGAAGCCAUCAGCCGUAAAGAAAACCACAAUAGCCAAGCGCACCGCCAGCAAGAAGCCCUCUUCCACCAUUACCGGCGUCAAGAAACACAUAUCCACCCGCCGCACCCACAACACCACCAAACCCUUACCCUCCACAACCCCAUCACAACCCAAAACCGACGAAGCCGACCGCCGCGCCGCCGCCGCCGCCCUUGUCGGCCUCUCUGACCGAAGCCAACUCUACGCCAUCGGUGCCACGCCAACUCCAACUGCCAGCACGCCAUCGCCCAGGGCAACAAAACGCGCACACCCCGUCUACCAAAAGGAGGAAGAUGUCUCACCUGUGAGCGGUUUUCACACCGGCAUGUCUGCGCCGGCGUCGAAGCGACACAUUCCGCCGGUUGAACACGCGCCGGUUCCGCGUCUCGAUAGGGGUAUGACGGUGCAGCGAGCUUUUUUGUCGGGAGUCGAGUACGCUGUUCACUGCUUCGCUUCACACCCUUCUUCCGACGUAGACGUCGUGGCUGGGCUUCCGCUGUUUGUAGGCCAGGCACUUGGGAUGGUGAGGGGUGCUGAUGUAGGAGAUUUGAAUGUGCGGAGCGGUGAUGGAGAGGACGGUGGUAAGGUAGUGCGGGACUCAGUGGGUGGGUUUGCAAGUGUGAGGAGCAGCGGUGGUCAGGCAGGAGGGAAGGGCUUCUGGGAUGUUAUUUGA